GAUAUCUUACGCAUCCGCCAAAGCCCGCAGCUUCCGCGAGGCUGUCCAAGGACAACUUGCAGUAAGGGCGGUCACGAACGAGCCUCCGCUGGCAAAUUCGCGCUUCACAUGUUUACUUGCAGACAGAUGGUCGAUUCGGCGGUUCCGAGCUUGCGCGAGCACCGCAGCGAAGCAAAGCGGAGCGAAACAUGUGUUGUCUCCAAUUGUCACCGUCGGCUACCGAUCUGGACCCCUCAUAAACUUGAUAUCUGUUGGCAUCUGUCGCAAGUCGUCGGCAGCUGCGCGAAGUGUCUUUGGCUGCGACGCGGGCUUCCCUCGCCGCGAGCCCGCACAGUCGCACCAAGCUCAUGCACAACAACAUCCGGCCCAUGCUUGUAGUGAAGACGCAACCAAGCGUGGCUGGGCAAGGUAGUGCGGUGCACCGAUGGCGCGCCGUACCUCGCAAUUCGGGCAAUAAAGCCCCGAAUUCGGGCCUGCGUCUGCCUGUUUCCCUCAAUACACAUUGCCAGCAAGGAAGACAUAGCUAGCCGUUCAUUGCGGACUUGUUCAACUUAUUACCUGCUCACUUUAACGUGAAAGCCAAACAAGAAUGAUUCACGCGACUGUGCCUCCGCACCGCUUCGUCAACGCCACUGAUGGCUCGGGCUUUCGCUCUUCGAGGCGCCCUCACAAGAUGUGGCUAGCCUGGCUGGCUAGGGCUGCGCGCGGAGUCAAGGGCGUGUGGAAGCAUUUCGCUCGGCACUGCUCGCUCGCGAGCACUGGCAUUGCGACCCCGUCGGACUGCGCUGCGUCGCCGGCAACACUGUCGCGGAGCACUUCCGACAACAGUCUCCGCUCGGCCAACAGCUUUGACCGCGUCCGCGAGGUCAAAGUCGCCUUCGAGCCUGCGGUUGUGUGCGUCAGCAGCGACCCCAACAGCUGCUCCUCCAAAUCCGCACUCGCGCCUACGCCGGCGCCUAAGCAGCAGGAGCCCGCCAAGCCCGCGCGCAUCCUGCUCCCAGUCGCGUCCAUUGCCGCCGCGCUGCACGCUGCUGCGCCGGUGGCUAGCGGCUGUGACGCUGCUGGCGGCGACGUGAUCCCGGCAGAGGCCUGCGUGGCUUACUCGGUGCUGUCUUCACCCCGGCCAAUGGCCCUCGGCGGCAACAUGCUGAGCGGUCCGCGCCAGCUGCAGGCGUCCUUCCUGAAGCUGCAGCAGGCGGCCAGCGACGCCGCCACCUCCGCGGCUGCCAACAUCAGCAUUGCCGCCGCCGCCGCUGCGGCAGCGCCGUCGUCGGUGCAGCAGCAGCAGCAGGUGCCCACCCCGGUCAUGUCGGCUGAGGAGAACGCUGCGGCGCAGGCGGCUCAGGCGCGCCAGUUUGCGGAGUGGCGCCGGGCCGACAUGGAGCAGACGGCGGCGCAGGACGCCGCACGCACCGUCUUCCCGACGCUGCACACUGUGUUAAGCUACCAGUGGUCCAAGGUGCCUUCCGUCUACACGGAGGUGUCGGUGGCACCGGGCUUUGUGAUUCAGCCCAAGGCGGCAAGCGCCUAACAAUGCGCCGCUAUGCAGCUGCCGGGCAGGACGGAUCAGCGGUCCAUGCGCGCGGCGGCUGGCAGCAGCUUGACCGGCGGGCGCGCGGCCUUGUGCGUGCCUGACGAGCGCGCACUGACCGCAAACGACUACGGACUAUGCAGUAAGGGCCGCAACAAGCAGCGGCAAGAUGAGUGGCGUACCGUAUGGUACGCAGGUUUAAGCAAAGGCACUAAUCGUGCCUGAACGCAGCAAGAUAUGAGGCCGCACGGCUAAAUAGCCAAGCCUAGAGAUGAGAUGACUGCCAUCCCAUUGGAUGGAUGGUCCGGAACGAAAACCAGCCGUACGUAACAGUACCGCAACUGUGUUAGUUUCUCAUUCGAAAUGAUGAGUGAGCUUGCAAGCUCACAGCAUCGAUUUACCGGAGCUUUCGCAGGGCGCUUGACACUACUGGGUGCGAUACUGCACCAGUGCACCUAGUGCACUAAUAAGCCAUCCCCGCGGCGUUGAUUCACGCCGCACACAUACAUGAAUACGGUGCAACGGUUGUCUGCAACACACACUGGCGCACAGCCGGUAACUCGUAUGCAAUACAUCACUUCUCAUGCGACUUUGACAAGUAGCUGCUGUACACGUGUUAGGAUGCUAGGACUUGGUUACGGUGCCUACCUCGCUGUAUGGAUGGCCGUGUGCCAACUGCUAACUGGUGAAACGAUUACUACGCGCCGCAAAUGCGUGCUGCCGGAUGUCGAAGUGGGGCGUGCCUCCCAGCCCCCUAGAGUGAAGUAUGAGUGAUUCGCAGCUCGGACCCAAGCAGGACUUUUGUACUUAGAGAUAAGUGGCCGGAUGGAGUGUUUGAAACGCGUACGUAGAUGCGGACACGUAGCGUGGACUGCUAUAUGGAUUGAUGGGUUCAGCAAGCAAUAGAUUGAUUUGGGCACCGUGGAAGGCGCGGGCCUAUAAGAGAUUAGCGGCCGGAUGGAGUGUUUGAACGCGUACGUAGAUGCGGACACGUAGCGUGGACUGCUGUAUGGAUUGAUUGGUUUAGCAAGCAACAUAUUGGUUUGAGCACCGUGGAAGGCGCGGGCCUACAAGAGAUUAGUGGGCGGACGGAGUGUUUGGACGCGUACGCAGAUGCGGACACGUAGCGUGGACUGCUGUAUGGAUUGAUUGGUUUAGCAAGCUAUAGAUUGAUUUGAGCACCGUGGAAGGCGUGGGCCUAUGGAGGGCCGUAAAGUAGCGCACCGCUGGCGUGCUGGCCAGCAGAUUGGCGGCUUCAGCCGGGGCGGGGCUUAGGGCCUCUCGUGGAAUUAGGUUAGUCCUUGUUCGCAAAUGGUUCCGUACAAGUUCCACACAAGAAGCUCUUGGUGGCGGCGGCGGUUCCAAAGGUGAGGGCCGGUGCAUUUGUGGCCCCGGAAAGCAUCUGACGUAGAUGGAUAGUGUUUCCCCAAAGAGUCGUUCGCUGUAAGCCUCCGCCCUC